AUCAUCGACGCACACGGCCCGCGCCCGGCUCUCGACAUGCCGCCCAAGUCGAUCCUCAAGGCGUCGGCCGCCGGCGCCGCGCCUGGACGACAGCCCGUCAACCCGCGCCAUCUCGCCAUUGCCCGCCACCACGCCUCUGUGCUCGAGGACCGCAAGCGCGUCGAGGCCGAGGUGCUGCAGGCCGUCAUGGCGCUGAUGGACUUUCCCACGUCGCCCCACGCCGAUGCAAGGCGGCCCACCCCCUCGGACGCCCGAUUCUUCCAGAGGGCCGUCGUCCCCUUCCAGCCCGCCGACUACGAUGCCCUCAUCGAGGAGCGCAACAUUGCCGACAAGUGCGGCUAUGCCCUGUGCUCGCGGCCCAAGAAGAAGGCGCGCUCCACGGCAAGGAAGCAGUUUGUCGACACGGACGACGGCGUGCAGAUUGUCGACCGCAAGGUGCUCGAGGUGUGGUGCUCAGACGACUGCGCAAAACGGGCGCUGUACGUCAAGGUGCAGCUGAGCGAGGAGCCUGCGUGGCUGCGCCAGGGCGGCUACGGCGACAAGAUCGAACUCAUGGUGGAAAACGAGGACGAGCACCGAAUGGCGCUGCCUCUGCGCCCGAAGCAGGACACGGCAUCCACCGCAGACCGCGACGAAGACGACGACGUCAAGGCGGCCUGGGCGGCUCGUGAGGACGCCAUGGCCGACCUGGCUCUCGAGCGAGGAGAGAAGUCGGGCCAGGUUAGCAAAGUGAACAGCGAUCUCGUCCAGGACCACAUCAUGGAGCGCCAGUCCACCAGCGCGCCCCCACAACCGCCCUCGCUGCCCAGUCAAACCUCCGACCACACCAUGGCCAUUGAAGGCCACGUCCCACGCCUCAACAGAAAACCCAAAGAUGACGGCAGUGACGACGAGGACGAGGAUGAGAAUGAUGCACAGGAUUGGGACAAGCACCUGCCAGGAUGAUCUGCGAAACCCAUCACUGAGUGUUUCUACACCACCAACCACAAAAAAAAACAGCAACAGGCUUACCAUGCCAGUGCAAGUCAUGUGCUUGGCCUCCGUCCCGAGAGAUCAGC